CAAACAUUACAAAGUAUCCAAUUACUACAAGCUAGACUAUAAGAGUUUCUCUAUGGCGAUUAAGAGCAAGUGUGUUGCUAGUGAUGGCAAACGUGUUAUGACCACCGAGGAGUUGAAGAAGUGGCUGAAGAAAUUUGAUACUGAUAAAGAUGGGCGUAUAAGCAAAGAAGAACUCCGCCAGGCUAUCCGCUCCACCGGCGGACGCUUUGCCGCAUUCAAGAGCAGUCGUGGGUUACGAUCUGCUGAUGUCAAUAAAGACGGCUACAUAGGUGAAGAAGAACUCGACAGCCUUGUUGAGUUUGCACAGAAGCAUUUGAAUGUCAGAAUUGUAAACUUUUGAUCAUCAGCUCUAUAUAUAUAUAAGAAUCUGUGUUGUAUUUUCCAUGGAA